AUGUCUGACUCCAAGGAAUUGACCUUCAAGGAACUCGCCGAGCACAACACCAAGAAGGACCUAUAUGUCACCAUCCAUGACACAGUCUACGAUGUCUCCAGCUUCGUCGAUGAGCAUCCCGGCGGCGAAGAAGUCCUCCUCGAUGUCGGCGGUCAAGAUGCCACCGACGCUUUCGAAGACGUCGGCCACAGCGACGAGGCCCGUGAAAUCCUAGAGCGUCUCCAGAUCGGAAAGCUGAAGAGACUACCCGGCGACCCCGUCGCAAAAGUGCAAACCCCCGCCGUCUCCUCCACCACGAGCUCGCAAGAUGUUAGCGGCUUUGGCGUCGGCCUGUACGCCAUCCUCAUCCUGGUGGGCGCCAUUGGAUACGGUACCUAUCAAUAUAUGUUACAGAAGGCAUGA